AUGCGACAACAGCACGAUGCCGACCUCCAGAACAUGCGCGCUCAGCAUGCAAACGAUCUCGCGGCUAUGCAAGCAGCCAAUGAAGCAGAACUCGCAGCCUUACGUGCUGAAAACGAGCAUAUCCGCUCUAAGCUUCCUCGACACCACUCCAACCAGCCUCCCCGCGAGAGCAACACACGCGAGGAAGAGGCACAUUCAGCCACCCAAUCUCGGGCAACGACCAAGGCACCAACCUCGCGGCCCACCACGCAUCGAUCUCACGCCCCGACGUAUAAGUCAGGGCAGGACACCAGCAAGGCCGCCACCCAUGCUUUCGAAGGCCAAGAACCUUUCCGCCGUCACCCUUUCGUGGACGGCAUCAUGAAGACUCCGCUACCUCGCGGAUGGAAACCCCUCCACCUUGACCGCUACGACGACACAACUGACCCCGACGAACAUAUUGAUUCGUAUACAACCCAGGUAAACCUCUACACUAACAGUGAUGCUAUACUGUGUAGGGUUUUUCCGAUCUCACUUAAGGGAGCGGCACUUCAUUGGUACACCCAACUCCCUGCCGGGUCCAUCGACAGCUUCAACACAUUGGUAAGGCGAUUCUUGGCACAGUACGCCACCUGUCGACCCCAUCAUACUACCUCGGCCGCCUUGGCCAACCUCCGACAGAACGACGACGAGCCCCUACGAAGCUUCAUGGAACGCUUCUCCAGCAUCUCGGUGAGGAUACGAAACUUGAACCCCGAGGUCGCCCUACACGCCAUGCUCAUGGCACUCAAACCCGGGCCUUUCGUCGAUAGCCUAUGCCGCGACGCCCCCCGCGACAUGGAUGAACUCUGCGCCCACGCAGCUGGAUACAUCCAGAUGGAGGAACACUCCGCUUUCCGCGACCAGAUUCGCGGAGAAACCCCAGCAAAACCAGAGCAAGGGCACAAAGACAAGGUCAAGGUCAACAACGACAGCCAUUUCAAAAAAUCCAUUAGAGCAAGCAGAGGAGGGAGGUACGACUUCUACACCCCCCUAAACGCACCUAGGGUGCACAUCCUAGAGGAAGCCAACAACAACAACUUGCUCGCCCUUCCACCACCAGGCAAUACCCCCAACAACGCUGACACAUCCAAGCACUGCCGAUACCAUAGAAAUCAUGGUCACACCACGGAGGAAUGUCGCACGCUCCGAGACCGCAUCGAGGAGCUCAUUCAAGCGGGUCACCUCGGCCAGUACGUACAGCGACAACAGGGUGGUAGAAAUAGCCAUGGAGGUCGGGGACGCGGAAGGAGACGAGGUUCAGGAACCCACACCGAUGCACCCUCGGGUCCCCAACAAAACGCUGGUGGUGCAGUGCAAGCCGAGAUAAGCCAGGAGACGGAAUCCACCCCGUUGAGGGGAGUCAUCAACACAAUAGCAGGCGGCUUCGCUGGAGGAGGCGCCAGCAGCUCUGCCCGAAAAAGACACUUGCGGAACGUCAACUGCGUUCACCCCACCACCUCAGCUCCGCACCAAAGUUCACCACCGAUUUCUUUCUCCGACGAAGACUACGCCGACCUCGCCCCUAACCAGGACGACCCCAUGGUCAUCGUUGUGGAAAUAGCCAACUGGAAAGUACAAAAAACACUGAUUGACCAGGGAAGGUCGGCUGAUGUCCUGUAUUGGCCAACUUUCCUAAAACUAGACGUCCCCCACUCUCUCAUUCAACCUCACACGGAGCUUCUAGUCGGGUUCGUAGGAGAGCGAGUCCACACCCGGGGGUACGUAGACUUGCUGACGACCUUCGGAACGCCACCAGAUACAAGACGAGUCAUGGUUAGGUACCUCCUCGUGGAAGCCAACACUUCCUACAACAUCAUCAUCGGGCGACCGACUCUGAACCAACUCGGAGCAGUCGUCUCAACUCCACACCUCACUAUGAAGUUUCCAGGGAAGGACGGCAAAGUCAUUUCAGUCAAGGCUAACCAAAAGACAGCUCGGCAAUGCUACGCCGCAAGCCUGAGAAUCUCUACUCCAAGCAAGCAAAACAAGGGGAAUUCCCCCACUUUAGACAUUUAA